AUGGCUUCAAGGAGAAUCAGUCCCAUUUGCUUGUCGCGGUGCAACCAGACCGUCCUUCGUCAAUCAACUCGCUCAAGAUCAAUAUUCCCCUCCCCGUGUAAUAACACGAGUCGACAGCUUAGCACAACAUCAUUAUUGCGAGAAGAGAAGGCAAAUGUAGGGAAGAAGCGUGAUCCAGCUCCAAAGAUUGUCAGAGGGCAGUCGAAAUUGUAUAGAGAUGCAGAUGAAGCUGUCGCCGAUAUAAAGAGUGGCUCGACGAUAUUGAGUGCUGGAUUUGGGUUAUGCGGGACAGCAGAAACUAUUAUUGCUGCAAUUGAGCGUAGAGGCAAAGAAUCUUUACACUCUCUGACCGCCGUCUCGAACAAUGCUGGAGCGGGAGGUGGUGGGGGACUUUCGCCUCUGGUCAUGAGCGGGCAGAUUAAUCGACUGAUUCUAUCAUUUAUUGGCACAAACAAGACGUUAGAGAAGAAAUAUUUGUCAGGAGAAAUUGCAAUUGAGCUUUGUCCGCAAGGAACAAUCGCAGAAAGAAUACGAGCUGGAGGAGCGGGUAUUCCAGCAUUCUUUACCCCAACGGGAAUCAACACACUCCUGCAAUCAGGCGACAUUCCGGUAAGGCUAGGAGCUGUUGACGAAGCUACCGGCAAGGCGACGAUUCUCGAAAAAGGCACACCACGAGAAACACGAAUAUUCGACGGCAAAGUCUAUGGAAUGGAACGUGCGAUCAAGGCGGAUGUUGCGAUCAUUCGAGCACAUAAAGUUGAUGAAGAAGGAAAUGUUCAAUUCAGAUAUACUACCAAAGCAUUUGGCCAGGUCAUGGGGAAAGCUGCCAAACUUACGAUUGUUGAGGCAGAACAAAUCGUUCCAGUUGGAGAGAUCCAUCCAGAUCAAGUUCAUCUCCCUGGAAUCUACGUCAACCGAAUUGUGCCUGCCAAGGCCGAGAAAGUGAUUGAGAUUCGGAAACUGCGUGAGACAGCUGGGAAAGAGGGUGUGGAAAAGUCAAGCGGCCAGUUGAGAAGAGAGAGGAUUGCAAAGAGAACUGCAAAGGAGCUUAAAAAUGGAUAUUAUGUAAACCUCGGAGUUGGCAUUCCAACAUUGGCACCGUCAUUCUUACCAGCAGACUCCAAGGUGUGGAUUCAAUCCGAGAAUGGACUUCUUGGGAUGGGAGCUUAUCCUACAGAGGAUGAAAUUGACGCUGAUAUAAUCAACGCCGGGAAAGAGACAGUGACUAUCGUUCCAGGAGGCUCAACUUUCGAUAGCGCCGAAUCAUUCGCUAUGAUUCGUGGUGGACAUAUCGAUGUUUCUGUUCUUGGUGCACUAGAAGUCAGCGCGAACGGUGAUCUCGCCAACUUCAUGAUACCUGGAAAGGUGUUCAAAGGAAUGGGUGGUGCAAUGGAUCUAGUCGGUAAUCCAGAUCAGACGAAGAUCGUGGUAGCUACCGAUCAUGUUGCGAAGGAUGGAAGUCCUAAGAUUGUGGAGAUGUGUGCAUUACCAUUGACUGGUGCAAGAUGUGUUUCUACAAUCAUCACAGAUUUGUGUGUAUUUGAAGUCGAUAGAGCCAAGGGAGGGCUCACUUUGACAGAGUUGGCGGAGGGUGUUGAGGUUGAUGAAAUUAAGAAGAAGACAGGAGCCAAAUUUGCUGUUUCAGAUAACAUCAAGUCGAUGGAAUGA